AUGACGACCACCAACGACGACGGCACCGCGCCCGUGCCCGAGCCCGCGGGGCUGCCCCUCCUGGGCAACCUCGGCGCCAUCGACUCCGAAUUCCCGCUCGGGUCCUUGAUGUCCAUGGCCGACAAGCACGGCGAGAUCUACCGCAUGCGCUUCCCCGGUAGGACCAUGGUCAUCGUGUCGACCCGCGCCCUCGUCAACGAGGUGUGCGACGAGAAGCGCUUCCAGAAGAGCAUCGGCCCGACCCUGCGCGAGGUCCGCCACGGCGUCCACGACGGCCUCUUUUCCGCCAGCGCCGAGGAGGAGAACUGGGGCAUCGCCCACCGCGUGCUGAUGCCUGCCUUUGGCCCGCUCUCCAUCCGCGGCAUGUUUGACGAGAUGCACGACAUCGCCUCCCAGCUGGCUCUGAAAUGGGCACGUUACGGCCCCAACCACCAGAUCAUGGUGACGGACGAUUUUACCCGCCUGACCCUCGACACCCUGGCCUUGUGCUCCAUGGGCUUCCGCUUCAACAGCUUCUAUUCGCCCGAGCUGCACCCCUUCAUCGAGGCCAUGGGCGACUUCCUGGUCGAGUGCGGCAACCGCGGCCGGCGUGCACCGCUGCCGUCACUCUUUUACCGCAGCCAGGACCAGAAGUUCGAUUCUGAUAUCGAGAUCCUUCGCACCACGGCCCGCGAGGUGCUGGAGUCCCGCAAGGGCGGCGAGGGCGGCGAACGCAAGGACCUUCUCCAUGCCAUGCUCCAGGGCGUCGACACCAAGACGGGCAAGAAGAUGACGGACGAAAGCAUCAUGGACAAUCUCAUCACCUUUUUGAUUGCCGGGCACGAGACGACGUCGGGCCUGCUGUCGUUUGCAUUCUACCAACUGAUGAAGCACCCGGCCUGCUACGAAAAGGCACAGCGCGAGGUCGACGAGCUGGUCGGCAAGGGCCCCAUAACGGUCGACCACCUGUCCAAGAUGCCCUACAUCAACGCCGUGCUGCGCGAGACGCUGCGCAUCGAUGCCACCAUCCCCGUGAUCUCGGUCGGCGCUCUCGAGGAGACGACGCUCGGCGGCAAGUACAAGGUCGCCAAGGACGAGGCGGUGCUGCUGCUGCUUGCCAAGUCGCACCUGGACCCCCUGGUCUGGGGCAGCGACGCGCUCGAGUUCAAGCCCGAGCGCAUGCUGGACGCCAACUUUGAGCGCACCACCAAGGAGUUCCCCAACGCCUGGAAGCCUUUCGGCAACGGCAUCCGCGGCUGCAUCGGCCGCCCCUUUGCCUGGCAGGAGGCCCUGCUCGUCAUGGCCAUGCUCCUCCAGAACUUCAACUUUGUGCCCCAGGCCGGCUACAAGUUCGCCUACAAGCAGACGCUGACGCUCAAGCCCAAGGAAUUUCACAUGCGUGCCGUGCUCCGCGACGGCCUGACGCCCACCACGCUCGAGCGUCGCCUACAGGGCCUUGCCCCGGCGUCCGAGACGGCAAAGGUGGCCUCGACAGGCAGCUCUGCGGGCGCGGGCGCGGGCGCGGGCGCCACAGGAGCCCCCAUGACCAUCCUGUACGGCUCCAACAGCGGCACGUGCGAGGCCCUGGCGCGCCGCAUUGCCGCCGACGCGCCGUCGCACGGCUUCCGCGCCGUCACAGUCGACUGCAUGGACAGCGCCAAGGAUCGGCUGCCCACAGACCAGCCCGUCGUCAUCAUCACGGCCUCGUAUGAGGGCCAGCCGCCUGACAACGCCGGGCACUUUGUCGCUUGGCUCGAGGCCGCAGACCAGGCCGGGCAGCCGCUCAAGAAGGUGUCGUAUGCCGUGUUCGGGUGCGGCCACAAGGACUGGGCCCAGACGUUCCACCGCAUCCCCAACCUCGUUGACACGACGCUCGAGCAGCUCGGGGCGUCCCGCCUUGCCGUGGCGGGACUGACGGACGCGUCGACUGGGGCUGUCUUUUCCGACUUUGAGACGUGGGAGGACGACAAGCUGUGGCCGGCGCUGGCGGCGUGCUACAACGUCAAGAGCGACGCGGGCGCCAAGGAGGACGGUAGCGACCGCAUCAAGGUGCACGUGUCGAACCCACGCACGUCGACGCUGCGGCAGGACGUGCAGGAGGCGCGUGUGGUCGAGGCCAAGGCCCUCACGGCGGCGUCGGGGCCCGAGGACGGCGACAAGCACGUCAAGAGGCACCUCGAGAUCGAGCUGCCCGAGGGCAUGUCGUACGCGGCUGGUGACUACCUCGCCGUGCUGCCCAUCAACCCGGCCGAGACGGUGCAGAGGGCGCUGCGCCGGUUCCGCCUUGCACGCGACGCCCACGUCACCAUCGAGUCGCCCGACAGCCAGACGGCUCUGCCCGUCAACACGUCCGUUCCUGUGUUUGAGGUGCUCAGCUCGUAUGUUGAGCUGUCGCAGCCGGCCACCAAGAGGAACCUUCUUGCUCUGCAAGACGCGGCGGCCGACGACGCCACCAAGCAAGAGCUGGGCCGCCUCGCGGGCGAUGCCUAUGCCGACGAGAUUGGUGUCAAGCGCGUCUCUGUCCUCGACAUCCUUGACCGCUUCCCGUCCGUCGAGCUUCCCAUCGGCUCGUUCCUGGCCAUGAUGCCGCCGAUGCGUGUCCGGCAAUACUCCAUCUCCUCGUCACCCCUCUGGAACCCGUCCCACGUUACCCUCACAUUCUCGGUCCUGGAUGCGCCCUCGCUGUCGGGCCAGGGCCGGCACGUCGGCGUGGCGACGUCGUACCUCGCCUCCCUCGGCGCCGGCGACUCGGUCCACGUGGCGGUGCGCCCCUCGCACGUCGCCUUCGGCCUGCCCUCGGAUCCCGAGCGCACCCCGCUCCUCUGCGUGGCCGCCGGCACGGGCCUGGCCCCCUUCCGCGGCUUCGUGCAGGAGCGCGCGGCCAUGAUAUCGGCAGGUCGCCAGGGCCUCGCCCCCGCGCUGCUCUACUACGGCUGCCGCGACGCGGCCGUCGACGACCUGUACCGGGACGAGCUUGACAAGUGGGAGGCCCUGGGCGCCGUCGAGGUGCGACGCGCCUUCAGCCGCGCGGCGGCUGGAGAUGGCGGCCCCAAGCACGUGCAGGACGUGAUCCUCGAGGACGCCGACCGGCUGUCGGAGCUGUGGGAGGCGGGCGCCAAGGUCAUGGUGUGCGGCAGCAGGGGCGUGUCGCAGAGUGUCAUGGACGCCAUGGUGCGCAUCCGCGUCGACAAGGGCAAGGAGAAGGGCAAGGAGUUCUCUGAGGACGAGGCGCGGCAAUACUUUGACGAUCUGCGGAAUGUGCGGUAUGCUACUGAUGUGUUUGACUAG